AUGGAGACGCCCGGCCUCGGGCAGGGCAACAAUACCACGUCGUCCCAGGUGCCCGUCGGGACCGCCGGCAACGGCACCGGCCUCUCCGACGUGACCCUCGGCUACCAAGUGAUCACCUCUCUGCUGCUGGGCACGCUCAUCUGCUGCGCGGUGCUGGGCAACGCGUGCGUGGUGGCGGCCAUCGCCCUGGAGCGGUCCCUGCAGAAUGUGGCCAACUAUCUCAUCGGCUCGCUGGCGGUCACCGACCUCAUGGUGUCCGUGCUGGUGCUGCCCAUGGCCGCCCUGUACCAGGUGCUCAACAAGUGGACUCUGGGCCAGGUCACCUGCGACCUGUUCAUCGCCCUGGACGUGCUGUGCUGCACGUCGUCCAUCCUGCACCUGUGCGCCAUCGCGCUCGACAGGUACUGGGCGAUCACCGACCCCAUCGACUACGUGAACAAGAGGACGCCCCGGCGCGCCGCCGCGCUCAUCUCGCUCACUUGGCUCAUUGGGUUCCUCAUCUCCAUCCCGCCCAUGCUGGGCUGGCGCACCCCGGAAGACCGCCUGGACCCCGACGCGUGCACCAUCAGCAAGGACCACGGCUACACCGUCUACUCCACGUUCGGCGCCUUCUACAUCCCGCUGCUGCUCAUGCUGGUUCUCUACGGGCGCAUCUUCCGCGCCGCGCGCUUCCGCAUCCGCAAGACGGUCAGGAAGGUGGAGAGGAAGAGGGCCGACGCCGCGACGGGAGCCGCGUCCGCCCUGCCGCCCCCGGCCAGCGCCAACGGAGACUGGAGGCGGGGCGCGGAGCCCCAGGCCCUGGGGGCCCCUUGCGCCAACGGCGCGGUGCGGCCGGGCGACGAGGGCGCCUCGCUGGAGGAGAUCGAGGUGCACCGCGUGGGGAGCGCCAGGGCGCACCUGCCGCUGCCCGGGGAGGCGGCCGCCGCCGUCCCCGGCGCGCUCGCCGCCUUCGAGCGGAAGAACGAGCGCCACGCCGAGGCCAAGCGCAAGAUGGCCCUGGCCCGCGAGAGGAAGACGGUGAAGACGCUGGGCAUCAUCAUGGGCACCUUCAUCCUCUGCUGGCUGCCCUUCUUCAUCGUGGCCCUGGUCCUGCCCUUCUGUGACAAGAGCUGCCACAUGCCCGAGUUACUGGGCGCCAUCAUCAACUGGCUGGGCUACGCCAACUCGCUGCUCAACCCCAUCAUCUACGCCUACUUCAACAAGGACUUCCAAAAUGCCUUCAAGAAGAUCGUCAAGUGCAACUUCUGCCGCCGGUGA